UGUCCCAGCUGAUGGAAGCGAUCGAGAGAGAAUGCGGCGUGCUAGCGGUGCACCAGGUGCUCCUGAUGAGCGGAGGCGAAACCCUGGAACCGAACGCGCGUGUAUGCUCCUACUCGGCCGGAACCGACACGAAUCCGAUCUAUUUGUUCAGCAAGGCCGCCAUUGAGAGCCAGGUUCCACCCACGCCGAGCAUAUAUUAUGGCACCGAUGUCGAUCUACAAAACCAAGUCGAGGCCUCGCUGGCGAUGCCCGCCACGUAUCAGACCCUCGUCGCCCGGGCCCAGUUGGCUCAGCAAUGCUGCGGAUUGGCCGGGGGGCAGACCAAGAUCUGCGAGAAGCUGGUGCACGACCAACAUCUUCAGCAGCAGGGCUGGGCCGCCGUCGUCGCGAACUUGGAGGACAUCACGCAAAUGUUCCAGAAUCGGGCCGCGCUUAUUCAGCAGAGCUUGGCCGUCUACCUUACGGAGAGACAACAGCACAUGGAACUACUUGCAAGCUUCAACGCCGACCUGAAUAUGCUCUCGAAAAUCCCGAUCCUUCCAACGCUGCGAGCCCAAGCAGAAGGUCUUUUGAGCCCCGAAGACAAGCCGGAGAAAGAGGUCGAGGGCCAAAAGGAGAUCUGCAGCCUGCUGCGUUGGAUCUCGGCGAAGGACAACCAGAGCAGCCUGGGACAAGUCGCCGAGCAAUGCUCCAAAGGAUUGGAACAGUUCGACGAGCGCGUGAUGGAGGCGUUGAAGUCGGAGGUGAACGUGGCGAUCGACGGCGCGAACAAACAGGACAUGAAGGAAAUCAAGGGCCUGGGCGAGCGUUUGUUCGCGCUGGAACAGCUGAUGCAGCAGACGAAGAAGAUCGUGCAGGAUCAGACCGAGCUGGCGCAGGGGUUCCAGCAAAAUCAGAACCGAGCUAGCAACCUGGGCGACGCCAGCGUGUUGCCGGACCUUUGCGCGUCGCACAGGCGUCAGCUGCAGGUGAUGAUGCAGAACCACAACCAGCUGAGGGACAUACGGCGGCGGUGCACCAAGGCGAAGGAGGAGCUCUCUGUGAACAUCUACUACCGGCUGAAGUGGAUCAUGUACGUCGAGAACAAGAUGAUGAUGGUGGACAGCAAGCUGAUGAUGUACAACGAGAGCUUGAAGCGGCUCAGGCGGCACCUAGAGGUGCUGCAACAGAUCCACAUGGCACCCCAGAUGUACAUGAACGCCGUGGCCGAGGUGGUGCGAAGGAGAACCUUCUCGCAAGCAUUCUUGAUGUGGGCCAGCAACCUCGCUUGCCAGUUGCUCACCGUUCACAGCGAGGAGCUGGCCCGGCGCAGGGAGUUCCAGAGCAAAUUCGACGGACACUUCCUGAACACCUUGUUCCCGGGGCUGGAGGACACCCCGCCGCCGUUUGCCACCCAGGCCCCCUCUGUCUUCGACAGCCAAUUACCAAAAUUGACCGUGGAGGACAUGGAGUUGCUGAGGACACAGUUACCGGACCUGGCUCUAACCGUGUCGUCACCUGAUUUGAACACCAUCACCCGGUUCUUCUUGUCGAAGAGUUUCACCGACGCCGGCACGGGUGAAACUGAAACCGGUGAUAAAUCUUCCGUGAACGUCGACACGGGCGCCAAGGAACUGGAACUCGCGAGAGCACCGAUGAUGUCCGACAGGGGUGGCUUCGAAUCGGAGACGGACACCGAGGAGUUCGAGAAGAUCAGGCAGGACGCAACGGACUCGAAACCCGAGUCGUUCGACGGCGCUAAGCAAAUGCGUCAGAAACAAUUGGAGGUUGGUGCCUCGCGAAGCGUGUCCCCUUCUUCCUCGACCUCGACUAACGUAUCCCCGCUAAACUCGAAAGUCGCGGACCAGAAGAACCGUGCGUCCUCUACGAACGAGCCCGGAUCCUUCCACUUUCCGAAUCUGUCCAUCAGCGAGCGUCCGGCUCAGUUGAGUCCCCUAACCGAGUGCGCGGAGAACGCCGAGUCGAGCUGUCUGCUUCAUCGCGCCGCGACCGGUCUAUCCAAGUAUAGCGAGCAACCCACCUCGACCACGGCUGAGGAGCCAAGUUCCCUAAGUCCGAAUCCUUCUUCCCUGACGCGGUCCGUGUUGUGCGACGGCCAGCAACAUCACCUACAUCAGCAACAGCAGCAGCAGCAACGGCACCAGCUGUCCAGCAGUGGCGGUAGCAGUCCGUCGGUCGGCGUUGGCGGCGGUGCCGACUUCAUGGGUACUGAGUUUUACAUGGACGAGUCGCUGCCGAGCAGCCUCAGCGAGCAUCCUGUCGACGGACAGCAUCAGGCUAUCAUUUCCCUUCUCCAGGAAAACCUUGGAAACACGCGGGAUGAGGUGGAGAGGCUGCGCUCCAUCCUGAGGACGAUGAAAGCAGCGAUGAACGAAGCGGUGUCAUCUGUCCGCCAAGAGCUGUUGAUUUUGCGAAAUCAAUCGAACGAAGACAAGACAGGUCUUGGCGAGAUGACGGACCGAAUUCGCGAGGCGUUGUCCCUCUAUUCGAACGAGUGUGAUCGUCGUCUUCGAGAACGUGAACAGGAAAUGACGGUGGACCAUGAGCUGGAGAUGGCCGACAUGAAGAAGCUGAUCCAAAGCCGCGAGGAAGAGAUUUGCACCCUGAAACGGAGCCUGAUGGAAAAGGAGACGGAGCUGUCGGAGCACGAACGUCUCACGGCAACCAUCAGGCAGAAGCUCGAGUCGGGGCAAAACGAAAUGAGGAACUUGAACACGCGGCUCCAUCAACAACUGGAUGAAGCGUUGGAGCAAGGUUGCGCGGCUAAAGCGAGUGCCGAGAGGUUUCAGGACAUCGCCUCUUUGACUAGUUCUAUGGCCCAGUGUCGAGACAGGAUCCAGGAACUCGAGAGCACCCUCAACACCGCUAGAUCGGAUCAGCAAAGGUUGGUCGACGCCACCGACAUGCUACACAUGGGCUACCAGUCGCAGCUUGACCUCACCGAAGGAUUGAUCCACAACGAAUUCUUCGAGAAGAUGCCGGACGUGCUGAAGAUGGCCUUUCACUUUCUUGCGCAGGUGAAAGAGAGCUACGUGGCCAUUCGUACAGCCGUGGAAAAGGAGCGUGGAGCCAGCAGGAAGCAGGUGGAGUUGGAGUUGCAGAUGGUUAGGCACGUAGUGGACGAGAACGAGCAGGAGGUGAAGAUGUACAGGAUGAGGGAGUUCGCGCUGCAAGAAGAGCUUGAACAGUACAAGACAGCGAUCAAACGAGUUACCAAGUCUGAGGAGUUCAAGGACGUGCCGGAGGAAAUGAGCUUAAGCCACGUCCAGGAGGUGCUGAAGUGCCUCAGGUCAGGGAAGGACGAAGUCGAGGUUUCGGAGUCAAAGAAGGUGCGGUUGGAAGCAAACGACGACCAAAGCUGCCUCACCAGACGGCUCGAGACCCUCGAAAACGAUAACAAGAGGCUAAGUUUGGAGAUGGAAUCGCUUCGGGAGUACAAAGCCAAAGCAAAGACGAAGAUCGAGGGGCUGAAGGCUGAUAAGCUCCGGAUGGAGAUGGAGCUAGUCAUGCUGAGAACAAGAAGGUUCACGGCUCCCGCUGAAACCUCGUCCUCGUCCUCUGAGGGUCGUGAACGGGAAAUGAUUGGCUCUGUAGCAGUAUUGACAGACGGUGUCUGUCGGGAUGCAGCAACCAGUACUGAGACGCAGUGCACGUGUCCGAUGCACUGCGGCAACGUCCGCAGAAAAAUGAAGAAGUACGCGGAGAAGCUGGUCCAACAAGGCUGCAUCACUGUCAACAGCUGUGAUCCCGGCGAUAAAGUUCUCGUGUAUUGGAAUCCGAUUCACGAGAAUUUUACCCUCUAUCAGGAAUCGGCCAUGUACUACUUCCUGAACGCCGAUUGCAUCCCCGAACUAAACCUCGGCUCGCCCAAGAAGCUCCACACAGUCGUCGAGGUUGUCGACAAGGAUUACUGUCAAGCCAAAAAGUCCGAAAACCGAUUCCAUGUACCCCACGGCACCAAAUUCUACCGGGUGCGCGUGAAGGCGAUAGCAAAGUCCAGGCCGAUGAUGUCUAGCAUGCCAACUCCACCAGAAGAGCCCAUCGAUUCUUACCUGUCACGACCAUCCGGGAAUGUAGAUCCAUUGGAUCUUGGCCAAAACCUGCCAGAGCCUGCAGACGCAUCCAGAACCGGCUCAGACGUCGAGCAUGACGAUCGCUCGAUGUUGGACCGUCAGUGGUACAGGCCGCCGGAGCCACUGCGUACGCUGGGAACAGGCGAUCAGACGAUCAGAGAAGAGGAUGCGCCAGCGUUUCAUUGUGAUAUAAAUAAUUUUUAAAAACGAGUGAAACAUAUAAUUGCCGAAUGCUGUGGUUAGCUGUGAAAAGUGUAAACUACGAUUUGUAUAUUCCUUUUCUGUUUCUUUUGUCAUAUAUAUAUAUAUAUACAUACAUAUAUAUACAUACACACGAACAGAGAGAGAGACAUGUGUACAUAGGUACGAGUAUACGGAGAGAGACGAAUGUGUACGCGCGAGAGCAAAUGGGACGGAGAGAAUGCGCGAACGGACGAGAGAAAGAGAGAGCAUGCGAGAAAAUGUAUAGGUGAGAAAGGAAUAUAAUAUUAUUAAUAUCGACGACGUGAUUAUUCUUGUGAUUCGACAUGUUGAACCAGCGAGUGUGAUAGCAGCGGGAGAGGAAGAAGGAUAGACAGAGCUGUGUUUUUGUUUUUUGUCAUUUUAAAUUCGGACACCGAAUCAAAACUUUGUUACUUGAUCCAAUUCGAAGCUAUUCAUUAUUAUUGUUAUGUUAUAUUUAUAUUAUUAUUAUUAUUAUUAUUAUUAUUAUUA